UGAUGCUGACCCCCAUAAGUUGAUAUGCGCCCGACGAGCGUGUUUACGUAAAUUUUAAUAUUUUCGAAUUAAAAAAUAAUAAUUGGGUUUGUAAAAUUCAAUGGAAUUCAUACGAUUAGCGCUUGCUUUUAUUGCACUCUGUUUGAACUCAACGACUGCCAAUACGCUUUUGGAUAACGUUUUCGAAUUGGGACUCGCGAAUGUAGUUGAACAAUUCAUUACGCCAACACCCCAACACAAUGCCGCCUACGACUUCAUCAUAGUGGGUGGUGGUGCGGCUGGCUGUACGCUCGCCAAUCGGCUGUCGGAGAAUCCGAACUGGUCCGUAGUUUUGCUCGAGGCAGGCGGCGUCGAGAACAUUGCACAUCGUAUUCCGAUUGCGGCUGGCUUUCUGCAAGGCACACACUCGAAUUGGGGUUACAAGUCGGUACCACAGAAACGCGCUUGCUUCGGCAUGAAUAAUAACGAGUGCGCCUUGCCGCGUGGCAAGAUUUUGGGCGGAACCAGCUCCAUCAAUUAUAUGAUCUAUAAUCGUGGUAAUAGACGCGAUUACGAUAGCUGGGCGGCUGCAGGCAGUAAAGGUUGGUCGUAUGAUGAGGUGUUGCCGUAUUUUCUCAAAUCCGAGAAUGCACAUUUGGCAGGCCUGGAAUGGUCGCCCUACCACAAUCAUUCGGGUCCUUUGAACGUUGAAGAUAUCGGUUUUCGUACACAAUUUGCGCAUGCAUUUGUACGCGGUGCACAACAAGCGGGGCAUCCGCACACCGAUUACAAUGGCGAAUCACAGGUGGGAGUGUCCUAUGUGCAGGCGACCACACAGAAUGGUUGGCGACACAGUGCAUAUCGCGCAUUCAUAAGACCGGUGCGACGUGUGCGACCGAAUUUGAGUGUUUUCACUUUUGCGCACGUUUUGCGUGUACUCGUGGAUCCCGAUACAAAGUUGGCUUAUGGCGUUGAGUUUCUGCAUAAGCAGAAACAGUACAUUUUCAAAGCGCGCAAGGAGGUCAUUCUGUCCGCGGGCGCUUUUAACUCGCCGCAACUGCUGAUGUUGUCCGGUAUUGGACCGGCAGACAAUCUCAACGCCAUCGGUGUGCCUGUGAUACAAGAACUGCCUGUGGGUAAGCGCUUGUAUGAUCACAUGUCACACAUAGGUCCUGUAUUCCUGACCAAUACGACCGGACAAACGACAUACCCGACGAGCCUUAGAUUGAGUGAUAUCAAACGUUUAUUCUUAUUCGGCGAUCCAAAUACGCGUCUCUCCAGCAUAGGCGGUGUCGAAUGUUUGGCUUUCGUCAAAAUACCUAACUCACAAAGACCACCCGAUUGGCCGGAUGUCGAGCUGAUAACUGUUAUGGGUGGCAUGGCAUCCGAUGAUGGUACCGGUCUCAAGGAGGGUGGCAAUAUACGACAGGAUCUUUACGAUCAACUCUACCUGCCGCUACAGCUAACACGUCAGGAGCAUAUUACCGUGCUCAUCAUGGACUUUCAUCCGCGUUCGGUGGGACGCUUGUGGUUGCACAAUCGCGAUCCGCUGCGUUGGCCAAUCAUCGAUCCAAAAUAUUUCUCCAACGAAGAAGAUAUCGAACAUCUUUUGGAGGGCAUCAAAGUCGCCAUACGCAUCGGCGAAUCACCCGCUAUGCAACGCAUUGGUGCGCGUUUGUAUGACAAACCUGUGCCCGGUUGCGAGCAUUACCACUUCGGUAGUGACGACUAUUGGCGUUGUUCGAUACGCACUUUAUCGUAUACGCUGCAUCAUCAGGUGGCCACCUGCCGCAUGGGUUCGCCCACGGAUGAGACCACAGUUGUGGAUCCGCAGUUAAAGGUGCAUGGCAUACGAAAAUUACGCGUCGUCGACACCAGCAUCAUACCCUUCCCGCCAACGGCACAUACGAAUGCGCCGGCGUUUAUGAUUGGAGAGAAGGCGGCGGAUUUAAUACGCGCCGAGUGGGACGCGAAUUUUUGGUAGUAAUAAUUAAGUUGUUGAACUGCGCUAAACAAAUUGCGGCAUUUGACAAAUAUGAGUUUAUCAGGCGCGCGAAAUGUAAGAUUAAGAUAAUAUGCUAAGACUCAAUUAUAUAUCUUAAUUGAUAUUUAACGCUCCCAAGGUGUUGAAAGAUACAAACAAAACCUGUUCGGUAAGAAUUUUAUUAUGACCUAUAAUUGUCAUUUGUUGUGGUUUUUGCAGUGUUUCGUGUUAAAUGUAAUGAGUUCAUAAAUCAUUGGAAAAAAUUUCAAAGGGUGAGUAACCAACAUAAAGCGGCAAGUGAAGAUCGCGUGAAAGGAACUCGCAUCAUAUAAAUAUGACCAAAAAACUUACAUUAAAAUUAAAUGAGCUAAUUAACAAAGCGAAAGAAAUAAUUAGAUUUUUUUGAGGGUAAAUGAGUGGGGAUCAAAACUUAAGAUCACAAAACCUGUACAUUCAAAUUAGCAGCUAUUAAAAAUAUAUAUUUUUAUAUUAUAAUGUAUAUAGACAAUAAGAAUAUUUUAAUUUAACCAAAUAUAUAUGAGUAUAAGCAAUGAA